ACGGACAUGUUGGGUCGCCAACGUUCAAGAGGCUCGAUGUCCACGCCAACAGUAACCGUUAGCGGGCCGGUAGCAUCCCCAAGGUGCACACCGCGUUGCAACUCGGGGUUCGGCUUCAGCCGUGGCGGGAAACCGGCCAACGGUCGGCAAAUGCGAAUAUUUGAGGCGGCACAGCGCGUCCAGAAGACGACGGCUUCCGUUUGUCGCCAAGCGCGUGUCGCCGUGUGCAGGACGUCGCAGUUACGUUGUCGGCCGUGUUCUCUUCCGUCUAGUGCCGUUGCCGUCGUCCGUCGCAUGGCUGACAGCUUUCGCAAGCUCCCGCUGCUGCUUCUCGCCAUCUUCCUACUGGUCGUCGUCGUAGUGUUGCACGUGUGUUUCGUCGGGAGCACGCCGCGGCGUCGACGCAGACGAACUUCGCCGAUGAAGGCCGUCAGGACAGAUAGUGGACAGGGAUCCCCCAGGGGAGGAGGGGAGAAGGUUGUGAGCAGGCGUGCCGUUGGGAGUUCUUCACCGACUUGCAGGUUGUCGUUGGGGGUCGGUAAUUCAUCACUGCCGCCGCAUUUGCAACCCCUCCCUGACUCAUCUGAUGAGGAGGAGAGGGAGGGACGGGCACGCACUGUUCCGUUGGGUAGUGGUUCUACGCAGGAAUGGUCUUGGACGGAGCUGUGCGGCGGCAGUGGCGGCGUGCACGGCCAGUCCUUCACUGAACUGCUGGCGCCGGGUCUCGACGGGGAAGAAGGGCAUGGCGGAUCGAACCUGUCUUCUGGUCUGUCUACAGGGAGGUGUGGAAGCCGGACCCGCACAGCGUGCAGCAGUGGCGGGGACGAGCGACUUCCAUCUCUAGGAGCACGCAAGGUCGUCCGUUGUUUAUGCAGUCCCCGGCUCCGGUGUGUGCUGCGUCCAACCUGGGACGUCGACGUGGCAUUGUCGAGGAGGGGGGGGGGGUACUUGGACGACGUCAUUGACGACCGCGACGGGAGGUUAGUGUGGGCGGAGGAGCGACGGAAGAUCAGGGAGGGGCGAGAGGAAGCAAUCAGGCGGGGGGUGGAGCGGCUGAGGAUGGACAGGCAGGCGGAAGAAGUUGAGGAGCCACAUGCGGGGCUUCCGUCCGAAGACGACGAGAUGACGGCGCAGGAGAGGCAGGAGACGGGAAAGGCGGUUACACCUCGCCAUCGCAGAACAACGACGGGGGGGGGGAAGGGCGGCAAGACGAAGGCGACCAGCGGGAACGGUCGUGGGCGGCCGAAGAAAGCGCAAGCAAAGGCAAACGACGGAGAAGGCGACGGCGACGCAGAGGAGAAGCGAAACUUUUGGAGUGUCGAACAUAUCAUCGCCCUCAUACGGGCGAAACGCGAUCAGGAUGCGCACUUGCAGGGGAUGGGGCAUGCCUAUGCCCAGAUGAAGCCGAGGGAGUGGAAACGGAAUGACGUCGCCAGAAGAUUGAAGAAUGUGGGUGUCGACAGGAAGCCGGAGAAAUGUGGGAAGAAGUGGGACAACCUCAUGCAGCAAUUCAAGAAAGUUCAUCAUUUUCAAUCGCCGUCCGGGGGAAUUGACUUCUUCCAGUUGAACGGCAAGGCGAGGGCGAGACACGGCUUCAAUUUCAACAUGGACCGCGCCGUUUACGACGAGAUUGAAGGGUCCAGCGGUUUCAACGAAACCAUCAACCCCAAAAACGUUGCCGACACUGGUGCCCGCGGCGGUGUGCGUUUGCCGUCGACGACAACUGCUGAUCCUGAAGCAGUUGGUGGUGCCGACGCCGGUGCGGGGGGGGAAGAUGAGGACGAGGGAUCGACUCGUGGUUCCUCCCAGACGUCGGGCAGCCCCCAUGGUUUCAGAAAGAGGAAGAGCACGCGGCAGCAGACGUUCGAAGCAAUGACGGAGUGCAUGGACAAGCACGUUGGGASAGAGGUGGAGGCWGAUUGGGUGGAUGCACAKGAGAGACAGGAGGAGGACGACGACUUCGAAGAAGUAGACAAACAGACUCUCGUGAGGAAAGUGAAGCAGAGAACGGGGGGUGCGAUACGGAUCGAAACGGGGGGGGUGGGCGCUGGGGAGGUGGCUCCUGAUCAGCAGCAGACGCCGUCGAGUAAGCGGAGCGAACAGGCUGUUGGCGUGGCUAGCAGUUCCCAAGUUGUGGUCGACCAGUCGACGAUGCGUUCCCCUGCGCCGCAGCCGCGCGGGGAGGCAGUUCAGGGUGCGUCAUCCAUGGCGGACGUUGCGAAGGCGGGCGAUGRCGRGGYGGCGGGCGAARACGACGAACCGCUAGUGAUGAAGCUUCGCGGGCAACGUCCGGAGGCGAAAGCGAUGGAGGUGGCCGCGAGGCUAUGGACCGACGACAUUCGGUUCUGGAAUCAAACGCGGGGAAAAGAAAUCAUCGACAUCAUGCACGAAGCCYRAGUUCACCUCUUUGAUGUGGCGACGGGGGUGCAGCCAUCGGCGAUCCGAAGGAGCAUCARCCUCCCCCAUAGUUCCAUUCCGCAGAAGAAGAUCGAAGAUGCCUCGGAGUUGAGGGCGGUAAAGGAAAGGGCGUUAAAGGUGGAGAGCAUUGCGAAGAGGGCCAUCCACGGCUGGAUUUUCAAGUCCGACAGCAGACACAAGGGGUAUCACUUGGCGUACCAGUACGCCUUGAACCACGCGGCGACUGACAUGGCGAGAGCGAUGUGGGCAUUGGAGGACUGGUGUUCGUUAGUCAGCCCGAUGGCAAUUCAAAACACGCUGGAGUUGGGUAUGAAGCUCCCUUUGUGGUUCGUCGGAGCGACCGUGGUGGACAGGCACCAGGACGACGAGUGCGCGGCUUACCAGGAGGCCAUCGCUCAACGUUUGGUGCGCGAUUUCACGAAUGUGGUGGAGGCGGCGCAGGCGAUGGACUCAAGGCGUGUGUCUUACGAGCGCCUGAAGUCCCUGGCGGAGGCGAUGAGGUACUUGCUGGCGGCGGCGGCGUGGAUAAUGAGGAUGGUUGGGGACGACGCAAGAUCACACUUCGACGCCUGGGUUUUCGUGCAGUUGACGUCGAAGACCACACUUCUUGCUGCCAUGGAUCGCCAUUUUGACUCCCGUCGUCAUGUCUUGCUAGCCGCAACUGUGAUGACGGAGAAACUGGGAAGACCGCCUCCGACCUUCGCUCCCCCCCCACUGUACAUCCCCAACUGGGCAUCGAAGUGCGGCGUCACAUUCAAUCACGACGCGACUUUGUCCUCCCCGAUGGAACAACGAAGACGGAUUGGCUCGGCACAGGCCCCCCUGAGGAGGAAGACUCGAACGACGACGAUUUUGAUGGCGCCGAGGGCGGGUGAUAGUGGGAGUGGAAGUGGAUGGACUGCCGACGAGGGCGGGCGAUCGUUCGUGGAAGGGUUUAGUAAACGCCGGGGGCAAGGGUGCGUCAUCCGUGCGCACAAAGAUCAUGACGGUGGGGGAAAGACGAAGACAAAGGUGAAGAUGGUGGCAGUGCUACAUGGACUGGAUCGUCAGAACGAGACCCCCUUUUUUGGAUGAUGACGACGACGACGAAGAUGAUGAUGGCGGCGAGGGCGGGUAUCUUCCGCGGGGAGACUGUAUCGAUUGCCGUCGUGAUGCCACCAUCGCU